CUGUGUAUACCGAUUCGAAUGACGCAAUAGCGCGUAAACAUCAUAAUCAUCAAUGGCAUAGGCCUAUGGCCCCUCUACGCGAACAUGCAUAAAAGAAGUAAUCUCAAGCAAUGGGUGACACACUAAAGAAUCUCCAAGGUGUCUAUGAACGCUGGGAGAAUAAACCUGGCAGCAGUAGAAAUGUUAAUGGCUAUGACCCCGCUGUAAAUGCUGGCAAACAGGCAUGGAGGAAAAAGUUUGGUGACAACAUUGGUCCGGCACCUCAUCAGCGCACCAGGCGCUACAAGAACACAAUACCAACAUUGCCAAAGAACUGCCUUCUUGGUGAUUUCAAGAGCCACCCAAUGAGAGCCGAGCAUGCAAUCUUCAAGAGGCCAUUUAUGGGGAGGUGCUGCAACUGUGUGCAGAUAAGUCGGAAUACCUUUUACACUGACAAUGUGACGAUGGCUGGCUCAAUGAAUAUAUUGCGGGUCGAUACCGAGGACAGGGGCCAAGGUUUAUUUACCAAUCUGUUCUGCCACAUUGCGUACGUGAUGAAGCGCGACAUCAGUCACAAAUAUCCAGAUAUCACAAAGGCUGUGCUCAGCAGUGACAGAAUUCAAGAUGCUAUAGAUGAAGAAGUCAUAAAUACUACUGAAGACGCAAAGUUGCGGUUUGAUCGAGAUAAUUACGAGAAAGUUAGCAAAAAGUGUCAGAAGAGGGUCACAAAGUUGCUAAAAAAUAUGAAAGCUGCAAUAUCCAGGAAACUGAUCCGCUUCACAGGUUGGUUCCUACUGAAGUUACUUGGCAGUCUUCUCAAUUCUAUAGUGGUGCAUCACGGACAGAUGGAAAUGAUCAAGAAAGCAUCUCAGAAACAUAAGCAUGUGCCUUUAAUUUUCCUGCCCCUUCACCGAAGUCACUUGGAUUACAUCAUCCUGACCUACACUCUGUUCCACUGGGAUAUCAGCGCCCCCUAUGUAGCUGCUGGGGACAACCUCCGAAUACCAUUCUUCAGUUUCCUGAUGAGAAGUCUUGGUGGCUUCUUUAUUCGACGGAAAUUGGAUCGGCAGACAGGUAAAAAAGAUGUGUUAUACAGAGCAGUGCUGCAGUCCUACAUGUGUGAGCUGCUGAGGGAAGGUCAAUCUAUUGAGUUCUUCAUCGAGGGGGGAAGGUCAAGAACUGGAAAAGCCUGCUUCCCUAAGGCUGGCCUAUUGUCUGUGAUAGUUGAUGCAUACUUAGAAGGUGUCGUUCCUGAUGUUUAUAUUGUCCCACUGAGUAUCAGCUAUGAGAAGAUCUUGGAUGGAAACUUCACUAAUGAACAGAUGGGUGUCCCGAAGAAUACGGAAACAUUCUGGAUGGCUGUGAAAGCAAUUUGGAGACGGCUUAGGGCAAAGUUUGGUAAUGUCCGUGUAGACUUCUGCCAGCCGUUCUCAUUGCAGGAGUACCUUGAAGUGGCACCAAACUUCCCUGGCAUGCGCAAACUCCACUCAAGUGGCAACAACAGCAGCAACGACGAAAGCAAUCCGAGUCAAGGUCAAAUCCAACGGAUAUCGGGGAGUAGUGCAUCCUUGUACGGCACAGAUGUGGUCAUCGAGGAACAGAGGAUGAUGGUGCAAUCAUUAGCAGAGCAUAUUGUUUACAAUUCUGUGAAUGCCACAGCAAUAAUGUCCACAAAUCUGCUUGCAUUUGUGCUCCUCACACAACACAGACAGGGGGCGUGUCUGUCUGAAGUUGCCAUGACGUUCGAGUGGUUGAAAGAUGAGAUCACAGUAUUGAAAGGGCGUGAUGUGGGCUUCACUGGUGAGACGAAGGAUGUGAUAUUUUAUGCUGCCGACGUGUUAGGGGAACAGCUGGUGUCUGUGGCGGAACCUGAUGGCGCUGACAAGGAGAUCUUCAUCAGUCCCAACCUCUCUUUACCCAACAUCUUUGAGUUGGCAUAUUACUCAAAUGUUGUGACUGCCAUAUUUCUCUUUGAGAGUGUUGCAGCUGCUUCUACCUUGGCUUGCUCAGAAGAUAUCAUGACCAACUCAAGCCCUCAACCAAUCUCCGUCUCGAAGAAUCAACUCAGUGAUAAGGUCAAGGAACUACACCAACUGCUCAAGUUUGAAUUCAUGUUUGCUCCGAGUUGUGAAUCGCAGGAGAUGCGGGUCCUGGACGGAAUCGACAUCCUCAUGACCAAAGGUGUCUUCAGUGCCGAGGAGGAGAAGUAUGGCACCACUGAUGACCGUCGAGCUGCUCAGCGCCUGUCGUCCAUGGUAUCCUGGGAUGAUGAGGACUCCGACGAAGAGGGUUAUGCUGAUGAGGUGCUCAAGGUUGAUGCAGAGAGUGACGGCUUCAUCAAACAUUUCCCAUUCCUCCUGAAUGUAUUGGGUCCAAUCAUCGAAUCAUACUGGGUCACAGCCUGUCACCUUCUCAAGCUUGUCGAGGCAGACAUGGAAGAGCAAGCAUUUAUCAAGGAGGUCCUGCGGAUCGCUCAAGACAGAGUGACCAAGAACACUGCCUCGUAUGCUGAGAGUGCCUCAUUUGAGACGAUAAAGACAGCCAUGAGAAGCUUUCAACACGAGAAGGUGUUAGAGGUGUAUUACCUGAACGAUGUGAGGAUGAUCAGCCUGUGUGAUAACUACGCCAAUCUCGAGGAGGUCAGCAGCUUUGUGGAAAAAGUCGAGGAAUUCCGGUGCUAUAUGUGAAUAAAAUGGAGAGACAGACACGGACAAUAUCCUGGUCUUAUGCAGAAAGUUACUACAUGAAUGUGUCUUUUAGAUAAUGGUGUACUCUGGCUGACCUUAAGCUGACCUCAUGCUUGUAGCUGCACAUAGCAUCUACACUUUCUGAACGGGUAGAAAUUAUAACUGCACUGCUAACAUUUUGUCUGCAUGCAUAUGGAACCAAUUGUGGUGCUGGUGGUGCUCAACAAGUGCACUAGAAAACUUGUUUUAGUAGGUUUAUAAGUCUGGUGUUAAGAAUAUUUCGUAUCGCUCUUUUGUGUAGUUGCAGACAGCCAAAAAGAUAUGACAUUUGUGAUUUAAAUAAAAGCUGUAAAUAAUAGAGAAUCUAACAAAUAAAAUAGCAGUAAAGUAAAA